UCAAAGUUGGCAGACAGGAGAGGCGGGAGCGGGAGCGAGAGCAAGCUGGAGAAUUUCGUGCGUCCGGGUGGAAUCGAGGCUGAGGGGUUGUUUGCCACUGACGCGCAGUGGCUUGGAGCAGUGCAGACGGGAAAGUGGGAGUACAAGGCGGAAAAACUUUAUUUUGUUAUUAUUCAUCGAACCGAACUGCUUUUUUAAAAAGCACUACCUACGCAAAAGACAAAGCAGCGCACGUAGAACACCAUGCGGAUUCCCCCGGCCCUCAGACGGUGAACAUCCAGAGCCGAGUGCGAGAUGGCCGACAGAGAUGGCAAGUGCGAGCUGCCCAUCGCCCCCGGCCAGGUGUACAUCGAGGUGGAGUAUGACUAUGAGUACAAGGCCAAAGACAAGCUGGUCACCAUCCGGCAGGGCGAGUGCUACAUGCUGGUGAGGAAGACCAACGACGACUGGUGGCAGGUGAGGAAGGAUGAGAACACCAAGUCCUUCUACGUGCCCGCCCAGUAUGUCCGGGAGGUGCGCAAGGCCCUCAUGCCGCCCCCUAAACCCCUUCAGAAGACCGGCACGGUGAAGGUCAAGCCCACCGUUCUGGAGAUCCACCAGUCCAACGAGAACCUCAACAAGCACACGGAGAUGUCCAGCUUCGGGCGGCCGUCGCCCGGGCAUGUUAGCCCGUCGGGCGGUCGUCGAGACGCCAACCAGAACCCCGGGAGCCCGGGGCUGGGGAAGAGCCUGGCAGAGCACAUCCAGAACAACAACGCCGGCUCCACGCUGCCGCGAACGCGGGCGGAGUCGCCCGUCCCAAGGUCUCCCCCGGAGCCGGACACGGACAGGACGCCGUCGCGCUGCGACUCGGCCGGCGAGGGCCUGGAGAAACUCCGCAAUGACUCGGAGUCCGGGGACGAUCUGAGCAGCAGCUCCACGGAGCACAUGCAGACAGCCUCCCCCACAGGCCAGGGCAGGCCCGAGUCUCCGGUGUAUGCUAACCUCCAGGAGCUGAAGAUCUCCCAGUCCAGCCUGCCACCGCAGCCCUCCAGCUCCCCUCUGCACACGCUGGGGGACUGGGAGACCCACAGGGACAGCAGCGGCCGCCACUACUACUUCAACCGUGCCACGCUGGAGCGCACCUGGAAGCCGCCUCGAGCCCGAGACACCAGCAGCACCAGCAGCAGCCGGGGAGAGCCCCACAGCACCGGGGACACGGAGCCUCUGUCGUCGGAGGAGAAUUGCCACAGCGCGUAUUCCAGCCAAUCAGACAGCCAGUACGGGUCACCCCUGCGGGGGUGGUCAGAGGAGCUGGACGAGCACGGACAGACCCUGUAUGUCUGUGAAUAUACUAAUGAGAAGUGGAUAAAGCACGUGGAUGAACAAGGACGGCCGUACUACUACAGUGCGGACGGGUCCCGGUCCGAAUGGGAGCUGCCCAAAUAUAACCUCUCCCCUCCACAACCCGAUGACGUGCCUAAAAGCCGCAGUCUCGACCGGAGGCCAGAACCCAUAGUGCUGACCAAGUGGAGGCACAGUGCCUACAUGCUGGAUGUCAAUGAGAAGGAUUCAGCAACAAGUCCCAAACAGAGCCCCCCUGGCUCUGACUCCUGUCCCUCAUCUCCCAAGCCCCCCACCACCCCUUCUGAGAAGUGUGGAGUUCUCAAUGUCACCAAGAUCACUGAGAAUGGAAAGAAAGUACGGAAGAACUGGACCUCCUCGUGGACCGUGCUCCAGGGUUCCUCUCUGCUCUUCGCUAAGGGUCAGGGGGGCGGCACCAGCUGGUCAUACUACCGCAGUGGCUCCAUCCCUGAGCUUCUCCUCUCGCUGCUAAGCAACUGGAGGCGUUCGGUCAAGCCCCGCCCCGCUGUCUCCUAUGUGCGCUCCGGGCCAGGCCCGGCCGCCCCUAAAUUUGGAAGCAACUCUAAACCAGAAUUCACUGUGGAUCUCAGAGGGGGUUCAGUGGAGUGGGCUUCUAAGGACAAGUCCAGCAAGAAGCACGUCAUUGAGCUGAAGACUCGCCAGGGAACUGAACUGUUGAUUCAGUCUGAGAUCGACAGCGUGAUAAACGACUGGUACAGGUCCCUGGUUGAGACCAUCAGUACCCACGCCUGGGAGUCAGACGAGGCUAUUGAGGAGGACAUGCCCGAGUCCCCAGGGACUGAGAAACAUGACAAGGAGAAGGAGCACCGCGACUCCAAAAAAAACAGAGCCUUGAAGAACUCCACCAGCAUGGACACUUCAGACCAGAAGAAGACACGAGUGAAGCUGAAGAGGUUCCUCACGCGCAGACCGACCCUGCAGGCAGUCAGAGACAAGGGCUACAUCAAAGAUCAAGUGUUUGGCUGCAGUUUGACUAGCCUCUGCCAGAGGGAGAACACCUCAGUGCCAGACUUUGUCAGGAUGUGUAUCGACCACGUCGAAAACACCGGUCUGAGUGUUGAUGGAUUGUACAGAGUGAGUGGGAACUUGGCAGUGAUACAGAAGCUACGCUUUGCUGUGAAUCACGAUGAGAAGGUACACCUGGAGGACAGCAAGUGGGAGGACAUCCACGUGACCACUGGAGCCCUGAAGAUGUUCUUCAGAGAACUGCCUGAACCACUCUUCACCUACUACUCCUUCAAUGACUUUGUCACCGCCAUUAAAUGUCCGGACUACAAGCAGCGCGUGCAUUCAAUAAAAGACUUAAUCAAGCAGUUGCCAAAACCGAACCACGACACGAUGCAAGUUCUUUUCAAGCAUCUCAGAACAGUCAUCGACCACGGGGAAACGAACCGCAUGACCACCCAGAGCGUGGCCAUCGUGUUUGGGCCGACCCUGCUGAGGCCCGAGACGGAGACCGGGAACAUAGCCGUGCACAUGAUCUACCAGAACCAGAUCGUAGAGCUCAUUCUCCUCGAGUACGAGAACAUUUUCGGCAGGUAGAGGCGCUCGGGAGGAGGAGGACGGCGAUCCCUUACCAAACUCAUCCAAGCAUCAUCCCAGCUUAAACCUGCGACUCGCGCUGCGGACCAAGCCAUUAAAAAGAAUCUAUAAUAACACAAGUGAUAAUAAAGAAUAAUAAUGAUAUUAAUAAUAAAGAAAAGAAACGGAGGACUUGUUUGACUUUGCACUUAAAGCUUUGGAGAUACGCGUGUGCAGUUUCUUUCGGUUGCUGUUGGAAGAGGUGGCAGGUGUUUACGCCCAUCCCCGUCCAAUUGUGACAAGUUCAAUAUUCAGGGUUAACUUCCUUGUACACUGGAUUCCUGUGGCCAGUACUGAGGACCAGGAGGUCUUGUGGACUUCAUGCUGCACAUCUCACUCAUUUUGACAGAGAUCAUGGAACUCUGGGUCUAGACGAGAAUUAUGAAAACAGCGACUCCCAGGUUCAUACCAAGAAAUUACAAGUAUUCUGUGCUGCAUAGGGUGGGGAUUUGUUUCAUGCAGGUUAAUGUUAAUGAAUAAGUUGACUGGAUAUAUUCACAGGCUUUUGAAGGGAUGACUACUGAACUACCCAGGCGGGAGGCAGGCCAGGAGGCAGUGGCCUGUGAACUGGGCGCAAAUCCAGUGGUGACCCUGGUGCUGGGUUGGACCAGGGCCCAUAUCAGUAUUAAUUGUGGGGUUCUGACACAGGGAUGGACUCACAGGACGGACCCCAGAGACGGCCUCGGUCCUGUGUUCCUGCCUUAUCCUGAGCCUGGUCCCAUGGAGCGGGCUGUGGGAAUCGAACCAGGGCCUCUAACGGUCACUAUGGUCCCUGCAGUUUCAACGGACAUUGUGGUCAUUAUGGUCAAAUGUUUCAUUGCGGUUUCCAUGCUCACUAAAGCCGCAGUGAUCUCUGUGGUCAGCGUGAUAAGUUUUAGUCAUCACUGCAGCUGCUGUGGUCUCUGGUCAUUUUGUUCUCUGUGGUAACUCUGGAAACUUCCAUAACUGCUGUGACCGCUGUGGUGACCAUGGUCACUGUGGUCACAGAAGCCACCGUGUUUACUUUGUUCAUGGUAGACACUGUGGUCACUCUGGCCACUGUGGCAAUCCGCAGCGUAAAACUCGGUCUCUUAAACUGUGUGUGGGAGUUAAGAAACUGCAAUAUGCUUUAUGUGAAAAAGGCAAGAAGUCUUGAUCUCUAGUAUUUGUACAGAAUGGUCUUGUAUAGUUUCAUGAACUGUGUAAACCUUGUUUUUUUCUGUAAUGGUCAAGCAGCAGCUAGUGGCCAUUUUGCAAAAGGCAAUAUUCCUCCCUCUCUUACUUUCUCUCCUGCAUUCAAUUUCAGCAGGAAUGAAAGUAGUAGGUCAAUCUCUCUCUCUUUCUCUUUCUCCUCUCUCUCUCCCUCCCUCCCUCUUUUCCUGGAGAUGCUGGAAUACUGGGACAGGAUGCAGAUACCUACAGGCUCCAUAAACUUUGUAGAUCAAUACUGUGUGCACUUCUUUCUUGGUUCCAUUGAACAUUUCAGAUUUUUUUUGUUCUGUUUUUGUUUUUGUUCUUGGGCAAAUAUAAACUGUUUUUGAAAAACGGUACUGGAAAUAGUAUUGCAUAGGUUUGGUGAUAGAUGGUACAGUUUUUAAACUGCAUUUAAAUCUACAGAACAUUAUGUACAGUUUAAGAUUGAACAAUGGAUUGAGUAGUGAACCUAUUGUACAAAUCUUUCAUUGUAAGUGAAGUAUGUAUGCUUUGAUGGUGAGCAGUAGCAACUGGAAAAAUUCACUUAGAUUUUUUUAUAUGAUGAAAAUAUUGGAUGAUAUAGUCUGAUUGAGAGAAAAGAAAGGUGUUUGGAAGUGAAUAUGUGUUUGGGAGCAUGGUCAACUGCACAUUUUUUGAAUGUAAUUUCUUAGACUAACUGCUGUUUGUGACACUGCUAUGUCUAAUCUGAAUAAAGAAAAAGGACAACA